AUGCAGUCAUUUGGUGAUAUGCAAUCAAUGACUUCCAAUAUAUUCUCAGCCUACGCAUCUGUUGCAGCAUCAAUGAUGCUCUUUCGAUCCAUGGCGCAUGAUAUUAUCCCGGAGCAAGUAAAGUCUUACAUCCUAUCUGUUUUCACUCGAAUAUUCAGCUACUUUUUCACUCCAUUGUCGACCCGAAUCACGAUGGUGGUGGACGAGAACAGUGGCAUGACCCGCAACCAAAUCUACGACUCUGCCGAGGUUUAUCUGCACACAAAAAUCAGCCCGAAUACGGAGAGAUUCAAGGUAAGCAAGAAUCCCAAGAGGACAAGUAUUACUCUAAGUAUGGAGAAAAAUGAGCUGGAGAUUGAUACUUUCAACGGAACUCAACUUGAGUGGCAGUUUGUGUUGGAAGUGCCUGAAAAUAAAAAAGAUCAUUUUCAGCCUGAGAAAAGGUACUUUGAACUCAGUUUUAACAAACAGUAUAGAGAAAUGGUGUUGAAUGAGUAUUUGCCUUUUGUAAUGCAAAAGGCCAAAGAAAUUAGGGAAAAAGACAGGAAUGUGAAAUUGUACACAAGGGAUUGCCCAUAUUCUUACUCAGACGAUGAAGAAGAUGGAGUUAAUGGAAGUGGGAUUUGGGGUUGUGUGAAUUUGGAUCAUCCCGUGACUUUUGAGAAAUUGGCGAUGGACCCACUAUUGAAAACACAAAUAAUUGAGGAUUUGGACAGGUUUCUGAGGAGAAAAGAGUACUACAAGAAAGUUGGAAAGGCUUGGAAAAGAGGGUAUUUGUUGUAUGGGCCCCCUGGGACUGGGAAAUCGAGCUUGAUUGCAGCAAUGGCGAAUUAUUUGAAGUUUGAUAUCUAUGAUUUGGAGCUUACCAGUUUGUAUUCCAAUUCUGAAUUGAAAAGGACUUUGCUUUCGACUACUAACCGAUCCAUUAUUGUUAUUGAAGAUAUUGAUUGCAGUGCUCCGAUGCUCAACCGGGAUGCCGAGCCUGAACCUUCUGAUACCAAGUUAACUCUAUCGGGUUUGCUCAACUUCAUGGAUGGACUAUGGUCGAAUUGUGGAGACGAAAGAAUCAUAAUUUUUACAACAAACCACAAGGAGAAGAUCGAUCCUGCCCUGUUGCGUCCUGGCCGGAUGGACAUGCACAUUAACAUGUCUUACUGCACACCUGCUGGAUUCCACGUCCUGGCAUCGAAUUAUUUGGCAAUCGAUGAUAAUCCGAGGCUGUUUCCCGAGAUAAAAGGCCUAAUGCAGGAAGUUCAAGUAACGCCAGCUGAAAUUGCAGAGCACUUGAUGAGAAAUGAGAAUGCUGAACUAGCACUUGAAGGUGUGAUUGAUUUGCUUAAAAGGAAAAAAGCUGAAGCUGAUGAGGAGAAAGUUAAGGAGAAAAGCCUGGAGACAAAUGCUGUAGUUAGAAUUGAGAAAAUUCUAAAAUCCUUGAAAAGCAUCGGAAAAAAAUCGAGUAGAGGAAAGAGCAAAAGAUUGACUCUAUCGGGUUUGCUCAACUUCAUGGAUGGACUAUGGUCGAAUUGUGGAGACGAAAGAAUCAUAAUUUUUACAACAAACCACAAGGAGAAGAUCGAUCCUGCCCUGUUGCGUCCUGGCCGGAUGGACAUGCACAUUAACAUGUCUUACUGCACACCUGCUGGAUUCCACGUCCUGGCAUCGAAUUAUUUGGCAAUCGAUGAUAAUCCGAGGCUGUUUCCCGAGAUAAAAGGCCUAAUGCAGGAAGUUCAAGUAACGCCCGCUGAAAUUGCAGAGCACUUGAUGCGAAAUGAGAAUGCUGAACUAGCACUUGAAGGUGUGAUUGAUUUGCUAAAAAGGAAAAAGGCUGAAGCUGAUGAGGAGAAAGAUAAGGAGAAAAGCCGGGAGACAAAUGAAGUUCAAGAAGAGGUUAAAAUGGCUAAAAGUGAGAAAAUUCUAAAAUCCUUGAAAAGCUUCAGAAAAAAAUCGAGUAGAGGAAAGAGCAAAAGAGUGUGA